UCAUGCGAGAACCUCUAUCCACUAACGUUGCGUUCAGCUGCCAAGCCACUGUGCGAAGAAAGCAAACUUCAAGUUUUGAUAAAAUUAGGCACCGACAGGGGACGCAACGCAACUCAAAAACCUGGUCCCAGCAUGGACCUUGGGGAGCACGUAUGCCGGUUGUGUCUGCGGAACCUGACGACGCCGACCAGCACUUCGAUCGAAGAUUCCAAAAUCCGGUGCAAACUGGACGCGGUGUUUAAUUUUCCCAUAACUUGCAACGAUGAGGAGUCGUUGCCGUCGCGCGUUUGCUCGGACUGCUCCCUGCGGGUCACGGACUUUCACGAGUUUUCGGAAACGGUUCGGUCGAAUCAGGACCAGCUGAAGGCUCGUAAGCGGGCCGUGGUUUCGCUGGAUGGGGAGAUCGUGGAGUCGCUGCUGAAGCAGGAACCGGUGGCCAUGGAGGAGGACAACGAUGACUUUGGGUCGGAUGGGGGCGGUGGAGGAGAGAUUGGGGAUGACCUUGAGGACUCGUUCAACGUGAAGGUGGAGAUGGACUCGCCGGACUUGGACGACAGCGACGACGAUCAGGACGAGUACAAACCUCCGGCGAUAGUGAAGAAAAAGGUGGGAAGGCCUCGGAAGUACCCGAAGGAGAAUGGAGAUAUUGACGAGUCUGGCAAUGGUCAGCUGAGUCCGGAGAAGCGCCAGAGGCGUGCGGAACAAGACAAGCUGAUUUCGGAUUUCUUCCCGCUCAAGUGUGAACCGUGUUCGGAAUCGUUUGAAGGUUUCCUUGAGUUUAAGCGACACACUCGCAAGACACACAACCGAGCUGUGGAGUUUAACUGCUGUGGAAAGGAACUGUCUCGCCGAGGGGACAUUCUGAACCACAUUGCGGUUCACACCAACAGCAAGUUCGAGUGUGAUAUUUGUGGGAAAAAGUUCUCUCGUUUUUACUGUCUUCAGGCUCACCAGCAGCUACACGGAUCAUCCGAUAAGCCCUUCAAAUGCGGCCAGUGUGACCGCAGUUUUAGCAAGAAAAACUUCCUUGUUACGCAUCAGAAGAUGCACCGUGACCAGCAGUGUCCAAUCUGUCUGGAAACCAUCAUCGGGGAAAACAGUGCCAGUCUGCGGAAGCACAUCGCCGAAAAGCACGAGUCCCAGGACCCGACCAAACCCAACGAGGCCAAACUGAUCUGCGCAACCUGCGGCAAACAGUACAGCUUCCUCAGCCGUAAAGCCUUCUCGCGGCACGUGAAAAAGCACACCGGAGAAAUUGCCGAGGAGCGCGUCCAGUGCCACAUCUGCUCGCAGUGGCUCAGCUGCAAGACGUACCUUAAGAUCCACAUCGACACCCGCCACAACGAGGAGGACACGCGCAUCGAGUGCGACGUCUGCCACCAGGUUUACCCCAACCGGAAGUGCUUGAUGACGCACAAGCAGCGCGUUCACAUCGAGGAAAAGUUUGCGUGCGAUCUGUGCGAGCGCAAGUUUAAGCGACGGAUCAACCUGAUCGAGCAUCGUGCGGCGAAGCAUACCGGCCAGACGCUGUACUCGUGCGAGGAUUGCAGUAUGGUUACGAACUCUAACGCCACGCUGUACGCGCACCGCAAGAAGAAGCACCCGGAGAAGUGGAUGGAGGAGAAGGCCAAGGCAGCGGCCGGGGUGAUCAUUUAGGGAGGGGCGAUGUGUCAGGUGGGUUCUCGAUCGAUUGAAAUAAAGUAACUUUGAGGAAAUUUAAGGGGAAAAAAA